AUGGAGCAAGCUUAUGACAAUAUGAGUUGGGAUGCUUUAGAACAAGUGUUGCAGAUGUUUGGCAUACCGGUGAAGAUGAUUGGGCUGAUUAUGAAAUGUGUUAAAGGUGCAAGAUUUUCUUUCAACAUCAAUGGUAAAGCUUCCAAGUGGAUCACUACUGCAAAUGGAUUUCCUCAAGUUAAAGAGCUGCAAUACCUUGGUGUUCAGCUACUGCUUAGAAGGCCGGUUAGAGCAGAUUUUCAGUUUCACAUUGAUAGUGUUCUGCAGAAAUUAAACUCUUGGGGAGAAAAAGGUGGGAGGAAUUUGCAUUUGGCUGUUGAUAGAGCUGGGCCUCUUAAAGCUAGAUUAACGUGGAGGAUGAUUCAAAAGCUUGAGUCUUUAUUUUCACGAGUGAUUACAGCCAAGUAUGGAGAUGAUGUCUGGAAUAUUAAAUACAAGAGUAACACCUCUGUUGCUUGGAAAGUGUUAAAUGAAGGAGCUAGAUAUUUGAAACCUCUCUUGAGGUGGAGAGUAGCUAAUGGUAGAAGCAUUGAUGUUGUUAAUGAUGUUUGGUUAUUAGAUAUGAGUUUCAGUAAAUGGCCUAUCAUGGCUGAUUGCUUGGGGUUGGAGGGUUUAAAGCUAAACCAUUUUAUCAAUUCGAAUGGAUCUUGGAAAAAAGAGGAAUUUCUCUGUUAUUUUAACGAGGAUCUGAUUCCUGUCAUUAUACAAAUCAAGAUUGAGUAUGAAAUGCUGGAGGACUUUAUGGAGGAAAUUCAUUCCUUAUAUGGCAAAACCAUUAUAGCAAGGGCAUAUGAAACUCACUACAGAAGUAAGCAAGAUUUUGAAGCAGUUUCUGGAUUUAAUAGCUGGUUAAAAAAAUUAAAAAUGAUGGCUCGUGUGGAAGUAUUUUGGUGGAGAUUAAGUAGAGGUGUUAUCCCAACUAAUGAGUUCUUGAAAUUCAGAAAAAUCUAUAAUGAUGAUCAGUGCGUUAGAGGAUGUGGAGAAGUUGAAAAUAUGUCACAUAUAACUAGUAUGUGUAAUCAUUUGCGGGAAGUACUGAAGAAGAUCCAUGAAUGGGGUAUUUUUGUUCCAGUUUUUAAUUCAAUGGAGGAUUGUCUUAGUGAAUUGAAAUGCCCAUCUAUGACUGCACCAAAUGUUGUUAUUCUUUAUUUUAAUGAUGUGUACUGGAAUUGGAAAAAUAGAAAUGAGGUGGCUCAUGGCAAGGAAGCUAAUACGAUUUCAGCAACUGCAGCAAAUGUGUUAUCUACGGCUUACCUAUCCUCUAAUCCUCUCAUUGCUAGCUAG